CUUCCUGCAGCCAGGCUCCGGCCGGGGAGAGGACAGGAGAACAGGAGGACAGGGAGUGACAGGGCUCAGGGAGAAUCCCAGUGUAAGGACUGAGGAAAGGAUCGGGAAGUGCAUUUAGUGUAAAGGAAAGUCCAGAAAGUGGAGUAGGACUCAGUGCUGGGAGGGGAUCUAAUAGUGGACAGGGUCCCUUUAAUUCCUCCCUGGGGAGUGAGGUCACAGGAGUACCAGCAUUGGGAGAUCCAGGAAGGUCUCCCUUAGAGUGAGGACAUGUCCUGGCUGAGCCCCAGCUCUACCUCUCCCUCCUCCUAACCUCCCUGGCUCUCACUCACUCACUGUGAGCCUCACUCACAUCUCUUCCUGCUCACUGUGACACCAGCUCAAGGACAACGGGAAAAUGUUAAAGGCCGUGCUGAAAAAGAGCCGAGAGGGGGCGAAGACUCCCAGGAAAAACUCAGUUGAAGAGAACCCACAGAAUGUCCUAUUUACCGGUCACAACUCGGAUUUCUCGAACAGUAAUGUGUGCAUCCAAGAUGACCCCUACAGAAUGGGCUUCUCGAAAGGGGUUUCUGUGUCACUACCCUCCUCGCCAUUGCUGCCUCGUCAGUCGUACUCCAUGCAACAGCGAGUACACAAGAAAUCACCAGGACCAAUCAGGAAGCCCAAGUACGUUGAAAGUCCCCGAGUUCCUGGAGAUGCCCUCGCUAUGCCAUUGAGAAAAGUCUCUGAGCUGCCGGAUUCUAACCAGAAUGAUGCCGCACUGGAUAAAAACACAAGCUGUUCUCCUGCAGCUCAAGAACUGAUGACAAGACUGGGUUUCCUGUUGGGAGAAGGGAUUCCUAGCUCGGCCCGAGUAUCGAUGGAAGAGAAAAAUGAAAUUAUGUGUACAGUAUCGAGUCAUGGGAUUAGUCCUUGCUCCACGCUGACAAACAGCACAGCAUCCCCAUCUGCAUCCAGUCCUUGUUCAACACUAAACAGUGGUAUUGGCAAAACGACAGCAAACAAAACUAGCCCCAGUGGAACCAUUAGCAGUCCCAGUUCAACGCUGGAAAGCAAAGACAGUGGAAUAAUCGCUACGAUCACAAGCUCUUCUGAAAAUGAUGACCGCAGUGGUUCCAGCUUGGAGUGGUGCAAAGAUGGAAGUUUGAGGGCCGGAAGACCUCAAGGAGUCAUGCACGAGAGAAGAAUUGAUAACUGCUCUCCAGUUGUGGAGGAGGAAUCCUGUAGUUCAGUGGAUAGUUUGACAAAAACGGAGUCACCUGGUGGGGAAGGCCCGAUUUCAUAUGUACAAAAUUGCAGUUCUCUGAUGAUGCAGCGACCCAACUCCGUGGCAGCAACAAGUUCCACGAAAUUGGAAGACUUGAGCUAUCUGGACGUCCAACGGAAUGCUCCUCUGCGAACCUCCAUCAGAAUGCCGUGGCAUAAUACGGCGGGAACACGAAUGCAACAGGAUAUGAAAGCACGGUGCAUUUCUUACAAGCCUCAAGACAUCCUCCUAAAGCCCUUGCUGUUUGAGGUGCCAAGCAUAACCACCGACUCCGUGUUUAUUGGAAGAGGCUGGCUGUUUCAGGAGAUUGAAGAAAUAAUGAAGAGUCCGGAGUAUCCAGAGAGCAGGGGGGCUCUGAUUGUUGGCAGCGUUGGGUUUGGAAAGACCGCAAUUAUCUCCAAACUGGUUGCACUUAGCUGCCACGGGACACGAAUGCGACAGAUUGCCUCAAACAGUCCAUCCUCCUCUCCGAAGGGCAUUGACCAUACUCAGGAUAUCCCACUCUCUCAAACCUCCCCUCUCAGUCUGGCCAUGUGUGGGUCCAACACCUUGAAGACGAUGGGCUGCCCUGGAAGUCCUGAACGUCAGAAGAUGAUGGAUGAUUCUCUGAAGCAGCUUGCAUCAAAGGUUGUUGCGUAUCAUUACUGUCAAGCAGACAACACGUACACUUGCCUGGUUCCCGAGUUUGUGCACAGCAUUGCCGCUCUACUUUGCCGUUCCAAUCAGUUAGCAUCCUACCGGGACCUGCUGAUCAGAGAGCCACAACUGCAAAGUAUACUGAGCCUAAGAUCCUGCGUUCAAGAUCCUCUAUCAGCUUUCCGAAGGGGUGUCCUGGAGCCACUGACAAAUCUUCGAAGAGAGAGAAAAAUCCCGGAGGAAGAGUUCAUCAUCUUGGUUGAUGGUUUAAAUGAGGCAGAAUUUCAUAAACCUGACUACGGAGAAACCAUUGCUUCUUUCAUUUCUAAAAUUAUUCCUUCCUUCCCAUCUUGGAUCAAGCUAAUUAUGACUAUCCGGACUAAUUUUCAGGAAAUAACAAGUUUGCUGCCCUUGUCCAAGAUUUCCUUAGACGCUUUCCCAGAGAACAAAGACAUCUACAAUGACCUGAUCGCCUAUAUCCAGUACAGACAUAGCACAAGUCAGGAAAUUGUGAACAAUAUAUCUUUAAAUGGGAAAGCAGACGCGGGCACGGUUAACAAACUGAGCGAUCACUUGGUCACAAGAAGUCAGGGUUCCUAUCUGUAUCUGAAACUGACGCUCGAUCUGUUUGAAAGGGGACAUUUAGUCAUCAAAAGCUCCAGUUAUAAAGUUGUGCCCGUGUCUGUGUCGGAACUUUAUCUGCUACAGUGCAAUAUGAAAUUCAUGACAAAUUCAGCCUUUGAAAAAGCACUUCCCAUUCUGAACUUGGCACUGGCCUCAUUGCAUCCCAUGACUGAUGAGCAAAUUUUCCAGGCUAUUAAUGCCGGUAAUGUGUAUCCAGAACAAAACUGGAAAGACUUUCAGCAUCGAAUGGACAUCCUCUCCUGCUUUUUAAUUAAGCGGAGGGACAAAACCCGUAUGUUUUGCCACCCAUCCUUUAGGGAAUGGCUCAAUUGGAGAGCUGACGGAGAGAGCACACAGUUCUUGUGUGAACCACGAAGCGGACAUGCACUUUUGGCUUUUAUGUUCUCUCGACAAGAAGGGAAAUUAAAUCGUCAACAGACUAUGGAACUGGGGCAUCACAUCCUUAAAGCCCACAUAUUUAAGGGUCUCAGUAAGAAGAGCGGUGUGUCGUCCAGCACUUUGCAAGCCCUUUGGAUCGGGUACAGCACGGAUGGACUAUCUGCUGCACUUGCAUCUUUGAGGAAUUUGUACACUCCGAAUGUAAAGGUUAGCCGGCUUCUAAUCUUAGCUGGAGCAAAUGUCAACUACAGGACAGAGGUUUUAAAUAAUGCCCCGAUACAGUGUGUCCAAGCCCACCUGGGACAUGAAGAGAUGGUCGGCCUCCUGCUGGAAUUUGGCUCAUGUGUAGAUGGGGUAUCGGAAAGUGGUAUGACUCCGCUAUGCUACGCCGCCGCAGCAGGGCACAUGAACAUUGUAUCACUUCUGUGCAAAAAAGGAGCAAGGAUUGAUCAUGUCGACAAGAAAGGGCAAAGUGCAUUGGUGCACAGCGCUCUGCGAGGUCACUGCGAUAUCCUUCGAUUCCUGCUGAACUGUGAUUGGACGUCCUCUAAGCAGCAACAGAACUACGUCCGCAAAAGCCAAGCUCUACAGCAAGCACUUACUGCGGCUGCCAGCAUGGGGCACACAGAGGUGGUGCGUUGCAUUCUGAACCAUGAGAAGGAUUGUCCGAAUAUUGACGAGAAUGACACUCUCUGGGGAGAAACAGGUCUUACAGCUGCGGCAGGCCGGGGGAAGCAGGAGGUGUGUGAAUUGCUACUAGAGCGAGGAGCUGUCUUAACGCAGGUCAACAGGCGCGGUAUCUCCCCGCUCUUCUGCGCUGUUCGGCAAGGACAUUGGCAGAUUGCCAGACUUCUCAUGCAGCACGGAUGUGAUGUGAAUGUGAGUGACAAGCAAGGCAGGACUCCGUUGAUGGUGGCCGCCUGUGAAGGUCAUUGUGGCACAGUCGAGUUCUUGCUUUCAGAAGGGGCAGACAUUGCAUCUUUGGACAAGGAAGGGCUGACCGCUCUGAGCUGGGCUUGUUUAAAGGGUCAUAAGACAGUGGUCCAAUGUUUAAUCGAAAGAGGCUCUGCUAUUGACCAGAUGGAUCGAAAUGGGCGCACACCUUUGGACUUGGCCGCUUUUUACGGAGAUGCUGAUAUUGUGCAGUAUCUGGUUGACAACGGCGCUAUGAUUGAACAUAUUGACUAUAGUGGAAUGCGUCCUCUGGAUCGAGCGAUCGGAUGUCGUAACACAGCUGUAGUAGUGACAUUGCUAAGGAAAGGAGCCAAACUAGGAAAUGCAGCAUGGGCAAUGGCUACCUCCAAACCGGAUAUCCUGAUCAUUUUGCUACAGAAAAUAAUGGAUGAAGGAAAUAUACUGUAUAGAAAGGGGAAGAUGAGAGAAGCUGCCCAGAGGUACCAAUACGCUCUCCGGAAGUUUCCACGGGAAGGAUUUGGUGAUGAAAUAAAAGCAUUUAAUGAGCUUCGUGUGUCUCUCUAUUUGAACCUGUCACGAUGUCGGCGAAAAACAAAUGAGGCUUCAGUUAAAGAUAUGCCGAGCUCUCUGGACCCUCCCUCUAUCUCUUGUGAUAGGAAUAAAUGUCAGGACUUUGGCAUGGCAGAGGAACUUGCAAGCAAGGCACUAGAGCUUAAACCAAAAUGUUAUGAAGCUUAUUAUGCAAGGGCAAGAGCAAAACGAAACAGCAGGCAGUUUAUUGCCGCUAUUGCGGAUCUUCACGAGGCUUUGAAGUUGUGUCCAAACAACCAAGAAAUAUUGCGACUUCUUUCUCGGGUGGAAGAAGAGUUCAAACAGCAGCAGAGAUCCCAACAACAGAAACAGUACCAACCACCGGCUCAGCCAACUCACGACUCAGAUCAAGAGGAUGAGACUCUUGGAGAAAGUCUAAGCAAUCACCUAAGCUUUGAAGAGGUACAAGAAGAAGAAUGUUUCCAAGGUAACAAUAAAUUCCAACUAUCUUCACUGCCAGAGGAUUUAUCAAACAGUAGCAGGAUACCGGAGUACGUAAAUCAAAAGUACAAGCCGGACUCUCCUGACGAGAACCAAACUAAAAGGAUAGGUUUACAACAAGCCCUGCUACAGCGGCCUACAAAACAGGCACAGAUUGUGAAAACCAACCAGCACAUGAACUCUUUACAGUCCUUAUCAAAGUCUGGAGGCAGCUUCUCAUCUGUAAAAUCUCCAGUCUCUGAAACAUUAGCUCCCUCAAGUCCUUUUCCUUCGAGACAAACUGCAAACCAGGCCAACAGCAGAAGUUCUGUUGCAGAAGGGUCAAAGACUUCAUCCUCUUUAGCUCCUGCCACAGGAGUCCAUGCCACAGUGUUUAUCGAUAAGCUGUCCUCAGCUCAUCCUAUCCACAAGCAAUCUAGUGAGGUUUUAUCCUCGUCUUAUAAAGCAUCUGGAUCCUUUACAGGUAUUAGUAAAACGGCAGAGAGACUUGUGGGUCAUUCUGCACCUCAGGAUGUCCCGGUAUUAUCUAAUGAAAAACAGGUUACGUCUUGUAAUGGGAAGCAAGUGGGAGUCAUAGACGGUAAAAAAAUGACCUCCCAUAGUUUAACUUCAAGCAGUAGUUUUUCAGAAGGCAUUAAAAGUCCUGAUGUUCGUAGCAAAGAAAUGAAGAUUAACCAGAACCUGACUGGAACCACUGAGCACAGAACUCGCAACAUUCCAUUUAUGGGGAUUAUGGAUAAAACUGCAAGAACUUAUCAACAGAACCUUAAUGUGGGCCGUAGUUGGCAAAAUCAGUCUUCAGUGGAAGGCUUACCAAUAAAUACCUCCACGCCUGCUACUGUUCACUCUGCAAAUAUCGAGAAACUUCCUGCCAGGCCGGUACCUGGAUAUGGCAGUAACAAUAAAAUCUUGUCGAAGGUCUAUGGAGCUAAUAAUCACAAUGGGGUUCUCUCAAAGGACACAGAUGAUGGAAAGUGCCAAAUGCCCAAUGUCCCUCAAGAACCAAGGAUAUCCAAGAAUGUAAGUCAGUCGUUUCAGGAAGCCAUGAGUAGGUCACAGUCUCUUAUAAACAAGGAAGCAAACCUAAGCUCCAUGCCCUCUACAAAACCAAAGAGAUCUUUCAUAGAAUCAAACGUGUGAUAGCUGAAGGUUUUGAAAAAGUAGACAUGGACAACAAACUGUUUGUUUUAUGUAUAUAUCUGAAAGAUUGUAUUAAUUAUCAUACAUUUAGGAUCUAAAAGAUCGUCCUUCAUCUUCUUAUUGAUUGUAGGAGACCAUCGUGCUGGUUAAAUCUUAAGAUGGACUGCAUUAGUGUCUUUGAAAUAUAUGUGUUUGUGACGUUAAUAUCACAUCCCUGCAUGUGGGCAAAGCUGCUUUAUGUCUUUAAGUUAAUAUAGAAAAUAUAUCUAAUUAAUCUGGAAUUUACCCCCACUUUAUAUACAGGUUUUGUCUUUAAUAUUAAUCACAUAGCCAGAGCAAAAAUACCAGAAGACCUUUUGCAAGAUGGUUUUUGUUUUUGUUUUUCUAAUUAGCAGCCUUGUCAAAAUGUCGUUUUAUUUUUUUGUUUUUUAAAGACUCUGUUAACAGCAAUGCAAUGUCCAUUGAGAAGCUGGCAGUACUGGGUAUAGCAUGCUGUAUUAUUCAUCCACACAAACACACACAUUGAUAAACACAUCAUCAUCUUAUAGUGCCAGGGAGCAACACUGUUCGUGUACAACCUUGCAUUUUAAAGUUAUCCUAAAAAUUCAACCAUUUUUGGGUGUAUACAGAUAAAAAAAAAAAAAAACCUUCAGAGUUCUAUAUCUGCAGGUCUCGACUGCACCUUGAUUGCGAAAAUAUAAUGCUAUCACAUGAUCAGAGAUAAAAUGACCUUUCCCGCUGUUACAGUUAGUAUGAUAGUAAAUGUCGGGAUGUCCGGUGGCUUCUUGCUCGAAUGUACGUUCUGUAAAAACCAAAGGAUUUGAAAUGGAAUCCUUCAGGUAUAGCACUCUGUAACGAACUAACACAUAACUCAACACAUUUGUGUGCCUGUGUGUGUACACAUGUAUUUAUGCAAACCUUAAUUAAAAUGCUGGUUUUUAGAAUAACUGGCACAUUUAAAACUUAAGGUUCCCCUUCUGCAUCUCAGAUGCUGGAAAUAUAAUUGGGCUGUGUCUGAAGAACACGGAUUCUGUCAAGAAACAGGCUGUGACAUUGGUACACAUAUCCCAGUUCACGGCUGCUUAUAGUAACUGGAAAUUCAGUAUUAAUGAAUAUUUUGUAGGUGCCUUUAAAAAAAAUUAGCAGGACUCUGCCCCCUAUCCCUCCCCACCACCUCUUUUUUCUACUUAAAGCAUUUUGCUCUGUAACGUUAUUAAAGGAGAGAAAAACACAUUACAAUCAGUAUUUAUGAACAGAAUUAACCUCAUAUCAGGUGCCUUACUGCUAGAGCAAUUAACCCUUAAACUGCCGGUGGUGCGCUAGCAAUGUAGCGCUCAUAUCUGACACUGAAAAGAGUGACAGAGAGAGAAUUUAUAUCCAUUCUUAAACCUCAAAAUCCAAAGAUAGCAUCAUUCUCCUUUU